AUGAUCGAUUUGUCCAAGUGUGUGCUCGUCUUGUCGGCGUGUUGUGCGAUCUGCUACGCGUCCUCGACGGCCAAGGAGGAAGACACUCUGGUGGACAGGGGCUUCAGGGCGAUGUACAGAGUCUACGAGGACUGCCAGCAUCGGAACAUAGCGGUUUCACCCUGUCUGAAGAAGAAGGCGAUCGCGUUCUUCGAAAGACUGGGCCGAAUGCGCACGCUGCCGUUGUCGGAGAACUUCGAGUUGAUCAGAACGACGGACGAAAUGCCGAAGAGCUCCGUGUCCGAACUGGAAACUACACUCGGCAGAACCACAUCCAGCAAGGACGAAAUACUCAACGAGAUUCUGUUCGAUCGAGUCGCCUCGCUGUUGAACAGCUUCAACGUUCAGAUUCGGCUGCCGAGGACCAGUGCCGGUGAAUUGAAACGAGGCAUGGAAGAGGGACGCGGUAAAAUGAAGAAGAUGAUGGGCAUGAUGAUGAUGGGAAUGGCCAUGAAACUCGCGGCGUUGAUCCCCAUUGCCCUUGGUGUACUGUUCCUGUUGGCUGGAAAGGCUCUGAUCAUCAGCAAGAUCGCUCUGGUCUUAUCUCUGAUCAUUGGACUGAAGAAACUGCUCAGCCAGAAGAACAGCAGCGAUCACGGUGGUUGGCAGCAAGGCGGCGGAGGCUGGGACAGGAGUCUGAAGAACGUUUUCGCCUCUAUCGAAACGUCGACGACCGAACUGACUCGCGACUACGCGCAGAGCUUGGCCUACUCGGCGCGACAUCAGCACUGA